AUGCCUACCGUCCUAGGCCUCACCAACGACCAAAAGGAGAAGCCCAAAAUUGGCGCUGCUCAAGCACCCAAGGGCUACCACGACGGCUCUCUCGUCCUUUCGGAGAACAAGAACCAGCGCCUCGAUACCAUCUCCAAGCGCAACUAUGCCGCCGCCCACGAGAUGGAGACUCUUCUUUGGAGAGCCAUCUGCGACGACCCAGAGCAGGCCAAGGAGUACAUCGCCGAUGACUGCGUGAUGGUCAACCCUAUCUUUCACCCCGAUCACUCUUCCAAGCCGGUGAACAAGGAGUCGGAGCCGAGUAUCAGCGAUCUACUGGAGAAUGCUGGGAAGUUUACUGGAUUCCGGUUCCAUGACGGAGGUCCGCUUGUGGUCGAGGCGGGGUUGAUGGCUGUUUCGACGGUGUACAAGUUGAGUUUGUACAAGCAGAGCCGGAAGGGAGGCAUCAGGGAGAUUUCGGCGAGUGGAAGCAGCAGUUGGAGGCAGACUGCGGGAGCGGAUUGGGUGUUGGUUGCUUGGCAUGUUGCUUAUGCCGAGGAUGAGGACGAUGAGGAUGAUGAGGAGUAG